CUCGGUCACGUGGCCGCGGCAGCCCCGCUCCCUCCGCGCUCCGCCAUGGCUGCGGCGCUCGCCGCUGGAUCCCUGGUCCUCUGCCUGCUCAGUCUGGUGCUGCCCGGUAGCACCGCGCUGCACACCAAGGGCUCUGUACCCCUUGACACCAUCACCUUCUACAAGGUAAUCCCAAAGCAUAAGUUUGUCCUGGUGAAGUUCGAUACUCAGUAUCCCUAUGGUGAGAAGCAAGACGAGUUUAAAAAGCUGGCAGAGAGCUCAGGCUCCAGUGAGGACCUUCUGGUGGCUGAGGUGGGGAUAUCAGAUUACGGUGAUAAACUGAACACUGAGCUGGGAGAAAAGUACAAGCUAGAUAAGGAGAAAUUCCCUAUUUUUUACUUGUUUCAGGAUGGUGACUUUGACAAUCCCUUACCUUACAGUGGGCAUAUCAAGGCCGGGGCUAUUCAGCGCUGGCUGAAGAGUAACGGCAUCUAUCUGGGGAUGCCAGGCUGCCUGAAGGAGUAUGAUCUGCUGGCCAGCAAGUUUGUGAGCACCACUGAGAAAUCAGAGCGCCAGUCCCUCCUGAAAAAGGGCCAAGAGAGCUUAGGCAAAGCAAGAGAGACCGAGAAGAAGUCAGCUGAGCAAUACUUGAAAAUUAUGAGCAAGAUACUGGAGCAGGGAGAAGAGUUUGCUGCUAAUGAAGUCGUCCGAAUCACAAAGCUGAUCGAGAAGAACAAAAUGAGCGAUGGGAAAAAGGAGGAGCUCCAGAAAAGUCUCAAUAUCCUUGCUUCUUUCCUGAAGAAGAAUAGUGAAAAAGAUGAGCUGUAAUAUGUUGGAGAACUUUGUACAAGCUGUGAAACACUGUCAGAGAGUCCUCAUCAGUUCUCCUUAUGCAAGCAAACUUCCCGCUAACUUCAAGAGAGCAGCAGAUUUCCUUCUGGUAGUCUCAGUGUAGAAGAUCAAGAGGAAGACAUUCGUUAAAAACAGAGUAUUAUAAAUGUUGGGGAAAAUCACCUUAAAGCAAGAGGGAAAAACCACCUCAAAGCAAGAUGGCAUUUUUGUGUAAUGCUAUUCAAUAACAGUGUUAAAGCAGACCAAAAAGAAAAGCACUAGAUUGGCCCGAAGCACAUUCCUGGUGGCUUUUACAGCUGUUCCCUGGCAAACAAAUAACAACAUUCAGCCCCACAUUCCAUCUUGCAUAUUCUGAAAGGCACAGAUUGAUUGUCCCUCAUAUCCCCACCUCUCCCUGUUCUUUGUGUCCUUGGGAUUUAUCCUCCUCUUACCUUUUGUUUUCCCAAUAGGGCUCCUUCUCUGAGUCUUGUUCUCUUUACCUGUUGACAGAUCCCAGAGUUUCCUUUUUCUGCCCUCCGUGGCUCCUGUCUCUCUUUUGCUUGGGUAUCAGCCAAAUGCUCGCAGGCACAGUCAAGACAGGUCCUCCACGUGUCAAAACUUGCCCUUCCUCUUCUGGCCAGCACAGCCACCUCAGCAAACGUUGUAAAGUCCUUCUGGUAUCCUGACAGAGCGAGCGAUUUGAGCUCUGUGCAAGGGCAGAGUCUCUUUGAGGUGCUAUUACUCUUAGUCUCGCCAGUUUCUGCAAGACCACGUUCUCCAGGGGCAUACUGGGGUCAGUUUUCUUUCUGCUGAAGAGCACAUGCAGUGCCUGCGUGUUUUGUCUGUCCUUUCCAUCCCAGCUUCGUUGUCCAGGGUCAGAGUAAGGCGAGGGUGAGACCAAUGAAGGCAUCCGAAAGUCUCAAGCCGUGGUUAACACAAACAGAAUAUUUUCUCCAGCUGCAUCUUCAGAAGCAAUCAACAAAGUCAAACUAAAGGUUUGCCAGCAUUUAGUAGUUUUAAAUAUUUGAGAUCUCGGAAAAAAGGAAGCAGAAGUAUUUGUGCCCUUGGAAGUGCAGUCUGUACAAUUUUAAUGGAGCUGCCUGACCCAGGGGUCAGGUCAGCCCUCAAAACUUGAUCCUGCCUGUGCUGUUCGUGCUGUGUGGAAUUCAGACGGCUGCUGGGAAAUGCUGCCUAGUCAGGGUGAUAGCUGAGAAGAGGAACACCUGAGUGUUUUAUCUUAAGACUGUGCUUCAAGCUAAGUAAAAUGGAUUUCUGCGGGAGCUUUGCUGCCUUUUGAAUCCUGCGGUGGGUACAAGGAGCAGAUAUAAAAUGUAUUAGUAAUGCUACAAUUAAAAAAGUGGUUCCAAUUAA